GGAAUUGUUACGGUCCACUACACUUCGUGGUGUCCGUGUUCUUUUGUUUUUUACGUUUUUUCCCUCGACCUUGGUUUUAUGAGGAAACAUUCGGAUGUAUUGAGCAUACCAGACAGUUCCAUGUCCUUCUCAAACUGGUCGAGAGAGCAGACUAGGCGUUCUAGGUCGAGUUCGCCGGCGAAUUCAAGAGAACACGUUUCUCGACAUGGUCGCCAUUUUGAUAAAGGUGAAACCCCUAGUAGUGGGCACACCAAAGCUCAAACUCACAGUAAGAGUAGAGCGAAGAAAAGGAGACACUCUAGUUCGAGUUCUGGCUCCAGUUCAGAUUCUUCAAGUUCUGACGGUUCUAGGAGUAGCAGUGAUUCUAGAGCUUCUUCUCGUAAGUCACAGAAGUCGGGUUCGGAAUCCUUUAAUUCCAACACCGGAAGUAGAGAAAACGAAAGUAGCACCUCAAAACCAAAAAGAAGUGUAACGUCAGAAACGAUUGAAGUUUACGAAAGAUUUGACAUUAAUAACGAUGUAAAAGGAGAAAAAUUUGACAAUGAGUUGAAACAGUUUUGUCAGCCAUUCUUUACUAAAUAUUUCAGUGACGAAACCCUGAAAACUAAGAUCUUGGACAAGUAUCCAAUACCCGAUGCAGGUGAUCUUUUCAAAGUGAAAAAAUUAGAUUCUUUUAUCAGUCCUUUACUGGAAAAGAAAAACAAACAGUUUGAUAAAGGAGCUGACAAAGGGGCACAAAAUAUUCAGUCGAGAAUUUACAAAACCUUGGGGCCUCUUUCUAAGUUGUGGGGCAUUCUAGAAGAUCUGCGUGCUGCCUCUGGGGAGUCUCAUGAAGUUGAUAACGUUGACGUGACCCACAUGUGUUCUUUGCUAGAACAGUCUGUUUGUUUGAUUGGCCAAGCAAGUGUAGCAGUUGAUCACCAUCGCAGAGUCAAUGCGACGGUGAAAAUUACAGGAGAUUACAAGAAGGCUAAGGCCAUUUUGGAUGAAAAUGCUGAAGCUUUAGAAACUAGCGGGAGUAAACUGUUUGGUGAUAAAUUUAUAAAGAUCUUAAAAAAGACAGGGAAAAGAAGAAAAGAGGCUAACGAGGUAGUUGAUGCUUUUCAGCCAGAGAAAAAGAAAAGAAAGAAGUCAACUUUUUACAAUCGACCUUCUACUUCCUAUACCAGUUACGGGAAUAAGCAAAGGUUCAGACAGCCCUUUCAAGAUGGGCCCUCCGCCAGAUUUUUGGAGGGCCAAAGAUACAGGUUCAACAGACCUAACCAGAGUUACAGAAAGAAGUCGGACAGAUCAUAAGAAGACUGGACAAUUAUAAAGAAAGAAGAGAUUUCUUUGUUGAAUAUAAUUGUGAUUUGAAUAAAUCAAUCUAAGAGUUUA